AUGAUGGAGGAGAUAGACAGAUUCCAAGUGCCGAGCGCCGCGCAGGAGGCGGAGAUGCUGGACCCGGCCUCUUCCACAGCCUCAGAAGCGGACUCAGACACCAGAGAGGGGGAACCUGUCACUAUCAACUACAAGCCCUCACCCCUGCAAAUGAAAAUAGAGAAACAGAGAGAGCUGGCUAGGAAGGGAUCACUGAAGAACGGCAACGCUGUAGGUAGUCCAGUCAACCAGCAGCCCAAGAAGAACAACAACGUCAUGGCCAGAACACGGUUGGUAGUGCCCAAUAAAGGCUAUUCCUCUUUAGACCAGAGCCCAGAUGAGAAGCCGUUGGUGGCCCUAGACACAGACAGUGAUGACGAUUUUGACAUGUCUAGAUACUCAUCGUCGGGAUACUCCUCUGCUGAGCAAAUCAAUCAGGAUCUGAACAUACAGCUUCUGAAAGAUGGUUACCGCCUAGACGAGAUCCCGGACGACGAGGACCUGGAUCUGAUCCCGCCCAAAUCAGUCAACCCCACCUGCAUGUGCUGCCAGGCAACCUCCUCCACCACCUGUCAAAUACAGUAACCUCACCCCUCUGACCUUCUGCCCCCUUCCACACAACAUAA